AUGGCUACAGCCAAUAUUCCAGGAACAGAAUACACCCAUUAUGGUAACCAGUCUGCUGGGCGUCGAACUCUGCUUCAUUACAUUAGUGAUCUAGCGAUCCGAGACCCACAUAAACCAGCUAUCCAUCAACUUCUAGCUCCACCAAAUGAUCAAUCUGAAGGUCAACAGGUGAUCCUGAGCUAUCGUGAUAUUGCCGCCUUGGUUGACAAAAUAUGCUGGAGCAUCCAUGGCCACGGCGUUGAGAUCAACGAUUCCUCUGUUAUUGCGUAUGAUCUCACCUCCAGAUGA